AUGGAAGGAAAACCAGAAAGGGUCGUAGACUAUGAUGAGUUACUCUCAUCAGCUGGAAAAUUCGGGAAAUACCAGCUAUAUUUGUUUUUUAUUACGGGACCGUUUUAUAUAUUCGAUGUGUUUGCAUACUUCUCACAGUUAUUCAUGACCGAAGUGUCACCUAACCACUGGUGUUGGAUACCAGAGCUUGAGAACUUGACAGCGGUAGAAAGAAGAACUCUUGCUAUACCCUCGGAUCCUAAUAGCCGCUUCGGCUACUCACAAUGUUCCACAUACAACGCCAAUUGGACAGAGGUCCUUAGUACUGGACAGUACCCGAAUACAUCGUGGGCGGUACAAGAAUGUCAAUAUGGAUGGGAGUUUAAUAAAACGGAAAUUCCAUAUCCAACAAUUUCCAGUGAAUUAGGCUGGGUAUGUGAUAAAAAUAGCUACCAGGCAACGGCCCAGUCCAUCUUCUUUUUGGGAUCAAUUGUUGGAGGAUUCAUUAUUGGAUGGAUUGCUGAUAAAUACGGAAGGUUACCAGCUGCUACCAUAAGUAAUAUGAUCGGCUGUGUUGCUGGGGUGAUCAGUAUCUUCGCUAACGACAUAAUACAGUUUUCUAUCUGUAGAUUCAUAAUGGGUAUGUGCUACGACAAUUGCAUGAUGAUGACAUAUCUCUUAGUAUUAGAAUACGUGGCGCCUAAAUACAGAACGGUCAUAACUAAUUUACCAUUUGCGAUAUUCUUUACAUUCGGAGCAAUGAUCCUACCCUGGAUAGCAUUAGCGUGUAAUGACUGGAAGAUCUUAAGUUUAGCAACAAGUGUGCCUAUGGCAUUGGCUUUGUUAGCGCCUUUCAUCAUCCCAGAGAGUCCUAGGUGGUUGCUGUCAAAGAAUAGAGUAGAUGAAGCCGUCCAGAAAGUUGUUAAUAUAGGCAAAGUAAACGGUGUACCAGUUCCAGUGAAAUUGGUAGAAGAAUUUAAAGAAUCAUUCAAAAAUCAAAGGAACGAAGAAAGCACGAGUUCAUUAGAGAUUUUCCGACGUCCAUUGACAAGAAAAGUGUUCAUUUGUGUGUGUUUAGAAUAUAUGUGUUGUGUUAUUGUCUUUGAUGCAUUAUUACGGAGUAUCGGCGCCUUAGGUUUUGACUUUUUCCUGUCAUUUACUUUAAUAUCAUUUACCGAAUUCCCUUCGCUGAUUUUAAUUACAUUAACUUUAGACAUAAUAGGUCGUAAAUGGAUGUCUAUUACAUCUUUAGCUAUAUGCGCUGUUUUUUGUAUAUUAACUGCGUUUGUUGGGGAGGGUCUACCUUCCGUUAUAUGUGCGAUUAUAGCACGAUUUGCUGUUAAUAUUUCAGUAAGUGUAGGAAUGCAGUGGUGUGCAGAGGUAGUACCAACUUCUGUGAGAGGCUCCGCUGCAUCAAUAGUUCAUAUAUGUGGUUAUUUAGCAACUGGUAUAUCCCCCUACAUAGUAUAUUUAGGUAAUUUUUUUAUAUGGUUACCGCUGCUAAUCGUUGGUCUGUUAAGCAUUAUUGGGGCCUUAUGCGCAUGCGUCAUACCUGAAACUGGAGGCAAGGAAAUGCCACAAACCUUUGCGGAUGCAGAGAACAUGAUUUUAAACCAGAAGUUCUUUGAUAUACCAUGCUUAGAAAAGAAGAAGGAGAAACACGUGGCAGGUGAACAUAAUAAUUCAUUUGAAUUAAAUUAA